UCUAGUCGGUGCAAACACGUUGCUCGUUUUUAUUAUAUUUUUAUUUAUAUUUAUUCAUUAAUAUUUUUGAAUAAAUGAUAAUUUGAAUAUUAAUAUUUGAAUAGUGAUAAAUUUUCUAUUAUUUGAUUCUUUUUGUUGUUAAUGAAAGUGUUGAAUUGGAAAAUAAUAAAUAUGAAUAAACGAAUGUAUGUUGUGACUGGAUUGUUUAUGUUACAGUGUUGUAACAUUAUUGCUGAAGGAGGAGACGGCAUCCCAGUCCCUCUCGCUGCGCACCAUGGCCUGAACCAGCGCCGGGCGCGAGAGGUUGCCGUCGCCGACCACAUCCCUGAGGACUUGGCGGUGCUCAGCCCACGCAGGGCAUACCGCCACUGUAUGUUCCACCAUGUCCUCCGGGCGGUCCUCGCAGUGAUGACACCCGGGCGUUUCCUCCCGCCCAAUACGGAACAGGAACCUACCGAAACUCCCAUGUCCGACGAACUCGGGAAGGAGAAAAUAUAUCGGCCAUGUACGAGUAAUGGACGGAGACAUCAGUGGGUUCAGUAUUACCAAUCAAAAAAACCAAUUAUGAGUCUAAACAUAACUAAAAGUUCGGUUAAGGAAACUAACUUUAUUAUGUACUUGGAACCGUUUGACAACUCAAGUACGGUUCAAUCUAUAGACUGCCUCAACAAAACAACAAAUCUAAUAAGAAGCAUAAUACAACAACAUACUAUACAUAUUUCGGCCUCCCCGAGCGAUUAUGAAUCACAUAAUAAUACUAUAAUCAAAUAUUAUAAUGACAAGGAGUCCACGGAGAUUAGUUGCGACAAAUAUGAAGAUACAGAUGUCGAAGAUGUUAACAUAGGCACAGUAACAACUUCGUCUCAUGAAAUUACAAUAUAUCCAAAACGUUAUGUAAACAUGGCCUUAAACAGAUCGUUCGAUCAAGCAGGAGUCUACUGCCUUUACUAUGUGAGGAGUGGCAAUGAUACGGUCGUUAAUAUUACUCGUCAUGUCACCAAAAUACAGCUGGUAUAUAAGGACACUUAUACCAGUUCCGAUCUAGAAGGCCCUAAUCAUGAAGACAAUAGUCAACAGAUGUACAUGAUUGUGGUUGGUAUAGUAACCGUAGUUGCAUUAGUGAUUGCCAUAGCCAUACUAUACAGAAACCGGCGCCGCAAGAAAACUAAUGAUACACCAAAUGAAGUAUCAUACGUGGAGUUGGACAUGCCUGAACAAGUAGUAAACACGUCUAUUAAGGAAGAAUCGCCGUACGCACAAAUUAUUGGGGAGAUGCGACCUCCUAACCUUGCAAGCAAACCUACUUAUAAGCCGUAAACUGUACCUCUUGAAUAAAUGUUCUAUACCGCCAUA